UCUGUAUUAUUUUUUAAUAUAACUUAUGCUGUAUUUUGUAAAGGAAAUAAUUAAGAAAUAAUUAAUAAAGUUUUUAAACAAGUUAUAUUUUAUAAAUUUUCAUGAGAAAUUAUUUUUUCAGUGUAUUUAGGUUUAUACAGUGACUAAUAAUAAUAAAAAAUAAUUAUGAGUAGAAGUAAGAAAUCGACAAUAUCGCAUAAAUUGGAAGAAAAUAAAGAUAAGUUUCAAAAGCCGGUAGAACAAGGAGAUCAUGAUUCUUAGCAUUUCUAUAUGUUUAUAGAUAAUUCUUUAUUGUCAAUGGAAAGUAAACAGAAUGAAAUCAAUAAGAAUAGUCCUAUAAGAAAUUCAAAUGACAUUAUCGAUCGUCCUGGUCACAGUACACCAUUCCAGAAAAAACAUCCUACAGAUAAUAUAGAAGAUUCUCCUGAACCUGAUUAUCAUUGUAGUCCAAUAUCAGUUCCAUGUACACAAGAUGGUAAUGAAGUUGCAUGGGAUUGGCAAAAUUCUACCAAACCUUUAUUUGUUAGAAGCAAAGCUGAAAAUGAUCACCUUGCUACUCCUAAGCAAACCAGAAUACUUCAAAAGAAACGUAAUUCGAAUUCUCCUUUGUUACAUAAACCUUUAAGAAGGAGAUUAGUAAAAGCAGAUAAUAUAGAAAGUAUCGGAAAAUUUGCUGCUGAAUUAAAAGCAUUGACUGAAAAAAUGAAAACCAUACAGCGUAAUGAUGAGGAUUAUAUAGAAAAUGACAUCAAUAAUAAGGAUAAAAUAGAAAAUCAUCAAGGAAAAGAUGAAUCAGAUAUACUAAUUGUUUUGGAAGAAAAUACUUCUGUCAACAAAAUAAGCACAAGUUUGGAAGAAUUAUUUGAUGAAUCAAUUGAAGAUUCAAUGGUGAAAUGUAGUCAAGAAAUAGAAGAAAAAUUUAAUCUGUGUACAAAUAAAAAGAAUAAUACAACUGACUUAUCUAAUGGAAGUAGAGAGAAAGAUACAUCUGUCAUAAAAGAAAAAAUUAAAAGUGCAAAUAGUUCGAGUGAUAAUUCAAAAAGCUCUCUUUUUUCUCAAAAUUCUUUGGUUUUGAAUGUUAGUAGUUUCUGUAAAACAUAUUCUAAAAAUACACCUAAUUGUAAGAAAAAUAUAGAUACAGAUGUAAAAAGGUUAGAAAUGAAAGAAGACGUCAUAAAAAAAUCUCCUUUAAACAACAAUAUUAUAAAUACUCAUAAUGGAAAUCUACAAAAUUGGAAAAAUUCAAUAGAAAAUAAUAGUUCCGAAUUAUUUGAGAUUCCAGAUGAUUCUUUUGAUGACUGUUUAGCUACUUGCAUAGAAGAUGAAAAAUUAUUAUCUGAAACAACAGAAUAUGAUGAUAUUUUUCCAGACUCAGAAUUUACAUUAAACAAAAAUGAAAAAAAUUAUAAACAUUCUAGUUCAAUGAACAGAAACAUGACUAAAAAUAUAAUAAAAUCGAAUAAUGCUGGCUAUAAUUCCACCAGUUAUUAUUUUAAUCAGACUUCUAUGGAUAGUUUGAAUAAACUUGUUAAUAAUUCUGGUGUCAACAAUAAUCUAACAGAAAGUAGAAAAUUUUUUAAAACUAGAAGUUUAUCGGAUUCAUAUUUUGGACAAGAAAAAACUACAAGUUUAAAUAUAAAACCUAGUACAUCUAAUUCACGUCAAAUAAUAAAACACUCUUCUUCUUCAAAUUUGCCAUCUAAAUUAUAUGUAAAUACUAGUAGUAGAAAUACAACAAAUGGAAAUGUAAAUGCAAAUAAAAACAUUAAAUCAAUAAGUGACAAGGAAAGCAUGCAUGCACUUAAUACUAGUAAAAUUAUAUUAAGAGACUCUGCUAUCAGAAGUACAAAGGAUUCACAGACUAUACUGUGUACACCUGAAGAAAUAGAAAGAAAACGUUUAGAUGCAAAAAUGAGAUUGGAAGCAAAAAGAAAAAUGCAGAUAAAUGUAAAACCAACUAUAACUUCAGAAAUACCACCAAAGAGGGUACAAAGGUGAAAUAAUGUUUCUUUUUAUAAAUUUUGGACUUUUAAUCUAUCUUCAGUUAAUACUUUGCAAAUUUGUUAUCAAAUUGCAUAGUAACUUCAGUUCUAUGAAACUACAGUGCAAAUAAAUAGUAGAUGGAAAUAACAUUUUUGCAUCUUACCUCUACAAAGUAUUUGAGUUGAACAAAUGAAGAAUAUUUUAACGAUUGUGUUAUAGUAUUUGUUUGUUGUAUUUAUGUAGGGCUAAAUUAAUUUUAUUGUUGAUAAUUCAUGUUCAAACAUAGUAUUUUGUCAAACCACAUACAUAUGUAUUAAUAUCCAUAUUAGAUAAGAGUGUAUAUUUAUAUUGUAUUAUUGAGAGAAGAGUGUUAUUAAUUUAUAUCUUAAGUCAGUGACUUAAGUGUUGCGAAACAGAUGUAAUCCUUUUGUAGCUCUUUUUCUACAAUAAGAAUGUUAAAUAUUCGAAAUUUCUUUUUAUACAGUAA